CUGCUACCAAGGCCGCUCAAUUCUUGGCUAGUGAACCGGGUUUCACGAGCUAAGCACUGAGAGGGCCUACUUGUAAAGACUGACGCGUAUCAAACCGUAAAUCCGGUCCUACAGACACGGCGCUUAGUUUUGCACACUCAUUCCCAUCAGCAAGAGGCUUGUCAUUCGUGCUUCUGCUCCUUCGCCCUGAUCUCCGGUUCUGGCUUCUGGCUUCUGGCGAUCUGACUGUCGGCUGAAAAAGACACGCAAGCCAGAACACUAGCGCCGGGCUUCGCACCUCCCGUGAGACGGUCAUGUACGCAUGGAACAAGAUUAGUAGGGGAUUCGAGUAUGCGGCGCAUGCGGGGGACUUUCUCAUGCAGUAUAUGCCACCGUCCCGAGGGGAAGAAGCGAGUGUAGUGAAGGAUGUGAUGGAGGACACGGUCCUGCACGAGCAGUUGAACUACCCCCGUGCGAGAUUCGCGAGCUCUGGGGUCAAUCGAACGCAGGAGGGCCAGAAUAGAGGAGCUGUGUUGCGGACGACAGAUAUUGUGCGUGCGCCACUGCCGCUUUUCGGUCGUUACACACCCUCGUUUGUGACGGCUGCCGAUCCUCAACUCGAUUGUCCACCGCUUU